AUGGGGAAGCUCGAGGACAACGAGAGGGUGAUCCUCAACGUGGGGGGCACGCGGCACGAGACCUACCGCAGCACCCUGAAGACCCUGCCGGGGACCCGCCUGGCUCUGCUCGCCUGCGAGUCCCAGAGCGAGUCCCCGGGCGGCGAGGAGCCGCCGCCGCCCCCCAACCCGCCGCCGCCUCCUGCGGGCGGCUGCCCCGAGCCCGGCAGCGGCUGCAGCCCCCGGGGCAGCGGCGGCGCCAGCGAGUUUUUCUUCGACCGGCACCCGGGGGUCUUCGCCUAUGUACUCAACUACUACCGCACCGGCAAGCUGCACUGCCCCGCCGACGUCUGCGGGCCGCUCUUCGAGGAGGAGCUGGCCUUUUGGGGCAUCGACGAGACCGACGUGGAGCCCUGCUGCUGGAUGACCUACCGCCAGCACCGCGACGCCGAGGAGGCCCUCGACAUCUUCGAGGCACCCGACCUGCUGACGGGCGAGCCGCCCCCCGACGGCGACGACGACGACUUGGCCGCCAAGAGACUGGGCAUCGAGGACGUGGGGGCGGCCGCCGAGGGCAAGGGCGGGCGCUGGCGGCGGCUGCAGCCCCGUGUCUGGGCGCUCUUCGAGGACCCUUACUCCUCCCGUGCCGCCAGGUUCAUCGCUUUUGCCUCUUUAUUCUUCAUCUUAGUUUCAAUCACAACCUUCUGCCUGGAAACACAUGAGGCUUUCAACACUAUUAUAAACAAAACUGAGCAGGUCAUCAACGGGACAGAAGCUGUGUUACAGUAUGAGAUUGAGACAGAUCCUGCACUGACAUACGUGGAAGGAGUCUGCGUGGUAUGGUUUACAUUUGAAUUUUUAGUACGUGUUAUUUUUUCUCCCAACAAACUUGAAUUCGUCAAAAACCUCUUGAAUAUCAUUGACUUUGUGGCCAUCCUGCCCUUUUACCUAGAAGUGGGCCUGAGUGGGCUCUCCUCCAAAGCUGCUAAGGACGUGCUUGGUUUCCUCAGGGUGGUAAGGUUCGUCAGGAUCCUCCGGAUUUUCAAGCUCACCCGGCACUUCGUGGGCCUCAGGGUGCUGGGCCACACUCUGCGAGCCAGCACCAAUGAAUUUCUGCUGCUGAUAAUAUUCCUGGCACUUGGUGUUUUGAUAUUUGCCACUAUGAUCUACUACGCAGAGCGGGUGGGAGCCCAGCCUAAUGACCCGUCAGCGAGUGAACACACACAGUUCAAAAACAUCCCUAUCGGCUUCUGGUGGGCUGUAGUCACCAUGACCACCCUGGGAUAUGGGGAUAUGUAUCCACGGACUUGGUCAGGCAUGCUGGUGGGAGCCCUGUGUGCGCUGGCGGGAGUGCUCACCAUAGCCAUGCCCGUGCCUGUGAUAGUUAACAAUUUUGGGAUGUACUACUCCCUGGCCAUGGCAAAGCAGAAACUGCCAAGGAAGCGAAAGAAGCACAUCCCUCCUGCUCCUCAAGCCAGCUCACCCACCUUCUGCAAGACAGACUUGAACAUGGCCUGCAAUAGCACACAGGGAGACAUCUGCCUGGGCAAGGACAACCAGCUGAUGGAACACAACAGAUCAUCAGUGUUAUCAGGUGAAGACAGUGCAGGAAGUGAGCAGCCACUCUCACCUGGUGAAAGGCUCCCUCCCAUCAGACGUUCUAGUACAAGAGACAAAAACAGAAGAGGGGGAACAUGUUUCCUACUGACAACAGGUGAUUACACGUGUGCUACUGAUGGAGGGAUCAGGAAAGGCUAUGAAAAAUCUCGAAGUUUAAACAACAUAGCUGGCUUGACAGGCAAUGCUCUGCGACUGUCUCCAGUAACAUCACCCUACAGCUCACCUUGUCCUCUAAGGCGCUCUCGGUCUCCCAUCCCUUCCAUCUUGUAA